GGCGCGGGGGGCGCGGGGCUGGGGCGCCAUGGAGACGGGGCUGGGGCUGCCGCUGCUCCCGCUGCUCCCGCUGCUGCUCCCGCCGCUCCUGCUCCCGCCGCUGCUGCUCCCGCCGCUCCUGCUCCCGCCGCUCCUGCCGCUGCCCCGCGCCGCCGCCGAGCAGGUUGUCCUGCUGGACUCGAAGGAAUCUCAGGCAGAGCUGGGCUGGACCUCGCACCCAUCAAACGGGUGGGAAGAGAUCAGCGGCGUGGAUGAGAACUACAAACCGAUCCGCACGUACCAGGUGUGCAAUGUCAUGGAGCCGAACCAGAACAACUGGCUGCAGACGGGCUGGAUCGCCAGGCGCGACGGUCAGAGGAUCUUCAUCGAGCUCAAGUUCACCCUGCGGGACUGCAACAGCAUCCCUGGCGUGAUGAGCACCUGCAAGGAGACUUUCAACUUGUACUAUGUCGAGUCUGACUCCGACCUGGGCCGGAGCGUCCACGAGAGCAAACACACCAAGAUCGACACCAUCGCUGCUGAUGAGAGUUUCACACAGGGGGACCUGGGCGAGCGCAAGAUGAAGCUGAACACCGAGCUGAGGGAGAUAGGGCACCUGAGCAAGAGAGGCUUCCACCUGGGCUUCCAGGACAUGGGCGCCUGUGUGGCGCUGGUCUCUGUGCGAGUCUAUUACAAGAAAUGCCUCAGCACCGUGCAGAACUUGGCCGUGUUCCCAGACACGGUGGCAGAGACGGCCUUUGCGACGUUGGUGGAAGUUAAGGGCACUUGUGUCGCUCAUGCUGAGGUGGACGUGGAUAAUCCCCCCCGGAUGCACUGCAGCACUGAGGGCGAGUGGCUGGUCCCCAUAGGGAAAUGCACGUGCGGCCCCGGCUUUGAGGAGAAGGACGGGGGAUGCAGAGCUUGUCUUCCAGGAUUUUACAAGGUCUCCCUCCAUCUCCCUCUCUGCUCCCCAUGCCCUGAGCACAGCUUCACGCACGAGGAAGCCUCCACGUUCUGUUCGUGCCAGAAGAACUACUCCAGGUCUCCGUCAGACCCACCCUCCGCGUCCUGCACACGCCCGCCCUCUGCCCCGAGGAACCUGGUGUACAGCCUGCGGCAGUCGUCCCUGGUGCUGCACUGGAGUGCCCCGGCCGACGCCGGCGGCCGCAGCGACCUGACCUACAGCCUGUGGUGUGGUCGGUGCCCCGCGGCGCUGCGGGGCCGCUGUGAGCAGUGUGGCAGCAGCGUGGGCUUCGUGCCGCAGCAGACGGGGCUGGUGGAGCGCACGGUCACCCUGGUGAACCUGCUGCCUCACGUCAACUACACCAUCCGUGUGGCAGCCCUCAACGGCGUCUCCGGGGUCAGCCCGCUGGCGGGGCCGCAGUACGCCGAGGUCAACGUGUCCACCGGCCACGCAGCACCAAAUCCUGUCACCGACAUCCGCACGGAUAAAGUAGAGCAGAAGAGCGUCUCCUUGUCGUGGCAGGAGCCAGGCUUCCCCAGCACCAACAGCACUGAGUACGAGGUCAAGUACUACGAGAAGGAUCAGAGAGAUCAAAGUUACUCAACUGUGAAAACCACAUCAACGGCCGUGACGGUCAAUAACCUGAAACCUGGUACCCUCUAUAUCUUCCAAAUCCGAACAUCUUCCUCUCCAGACUAUGGGAACUACAACCCUGGCAUUGAAGUGGAGACGCUGGCAGAGUUGACAGUGGCCUCCAGUGAGCAGAACCCCGUCCUCAUCAUUGUGGUGGUGGCCAUUGCAGGGCUGACGGUGCUGGUGUCCACCGUGAUCGGCGUGAUGGUCUGGAGGAGGCAGUGUGGGUACAGCAAAGCCAGCCAGGAUGGGGACGAGGAGCUGUACUUCCACUUUAAAAUACCGACCAGGAGGACGUACAUUGACCCCGACACCUGCGAAGACCCCAUGCAGGCUGUGCACCUCUUUGCCAAGGAGCUGGAUAAUGCCAGCAUAAAAAUUGAGAGAAUCAUCAGGACAGGAGAGUUCGGGGAGAUGUGCCGGGGGUGCCUGAAGCUGCCCAGCAAGCGGGAGCUGCCCGUGGCCAUCCAGACGCUGCGGGCAGGCUGCUCGGAGAAGCAGCAGCACUCCUUCCUGGCUGAGGCCUGCACCAUGGGCCAGUUUGACCACUCCAACGUCAUCCGCCUGGAGGGGGUCAUCACCAGAGGGAGCACCAUGAUGAUAGUGAUGGAGUACCUGGGGAAUGGCCUGCUGGACUCCUUUCUCAGGGUGAGUUCUGGGGGGUCUGCCCAGCUCAGGCUCUGCUGGCUGUGUCCCCAUUGCUCACCUUUGGCUUUUCCUCCUCUGCUUUCAAAGAAACACGAGGGGCAGUUCACGGGCUCGCAGCUCGUCUGCAUGCUGCAGGGCAUUGCCUCUGGCAUGGCGUACCUGGCAGAGAUGGGCUACGUGCACAAAAGCCUGGCUGCACACAAGGUCCUUGUGAGCAGCAGCCUGGUGUGCAAGAUCACUGGGUUCAGACGGCCACAAGAAGAUAAGAUGGAAACCAUCUUCUCCACCAUGCGUGGGAAGAGCCUGGUGCUGUGGUCAGCCCCCGAGGCCAUCCAGUAUCACCACUUCAGCCCGGCCAGCGACGUGUGGAGCUUCGGCAUCGUCAUGUGGGAAGUCAUGUCCUAUGGCGAGAGACCCUACUGGGACAUGUCCCACCAGGACGUGAUGAAGGCUGUGGAGGACGGGUUCCGCCUGCCCGCCCCAGCGAACUGCCAGCCACCCCUCCACCAGCUGAUGCUCCAAUGCUGGCAGAAGGACCGCAGCCAGAGGCCCAAGUUCUCCCACAUCCACAAUGUCCUCAGCAAGUUGGUGCAGAGUCUGGAGCCCCCGAAGUGCCCCAGCUCCACGUGCCCCAGGUCCCAUGGCACAUCCAUCCCCUUCUCUGAGCGAACCUUCUCAGCCUUCCCAUCUUUCAGCUCUGUAGGCGAGUGGCUGGAAACCAUAGAAAUGGGCAGGUACAAAGACAACUUCACUGCUGCGGGCUACUGCUACCUGGAGUCAGUGGCCAGGAUGACAGCCCAAGACAUCCUCAGCCUGGGGAUCACGCUGGUGGAGCACCAGAAGACCAUCCUGAGUGGGAUCCAGACCCUCCGGGCCCAGGUGAUCCGGAUGCACGGCCGAGGGGUGCAGGUGUGAAGCAGUGCCCUGCAAAGGUGCAGAGCACCAGCCUGGCACUCCUGGGGAGGAGCUGCCCACUGGCCCCAGCCAGCCCUGUCUGUGAAACCUGGUGGUCUCAGGUGGGCUGUGGGAAUCUCUGGGUGCUGCCAAAUACGUCAUUCCAUGUAGCAAGAGGGCAGGGCUUCCGUCCCCUGAGCCAGGGCAGCCCAGGAUUCCUGGGAUAAUGUGGUGUGCCUGGGUGGGUGUGGCUCUCCCUGGCACUGUUUUGUAAGAUGAGUCAAACUGUAGUGAUGCCGUUUUAGGUGGUAAUUGAGUUCAUAGGGUGGGAUGGACUUUUGUGCACUGUCUUAAUCCAGAGCUGAUGUUUCUGUAUCUAGCAUUCUGCUGGUGAAUCCGUGGAUACUUUUAUACAACCUGACAGAUCCCACCAACCCCACAAGAAGCUUUUACUGCUUUUAUUUUUAGAGAGCAGAGCACGGCUCUCACCCAGCUCCUGGGAGGUGACUUUCCCCAUCUGUGCUGAAGGAAAGUCUUUUCCAGCCACAUCCUUUCUUCUCUGAGAGUUACUUCACUGAGUGUCUGACACCUCAGUUGGUGUCUCUGGUAAAGAGCAGAGCAAAUGGUGCUGCAUCCAAGCAAUCCAGGGCACAUCAGGCAGUCCAGGGCACAUCCACACUUUGUUUUGUGAGCACAGUGCUGCCUGCCUGGCACGCUGGCAGCUCCCAUGGCUGCAGCCCGAUCCCUGACGAAGACAUAAAUAGCAUCUCCUUAAUAAUACAAUUUCCUUGAAGUUAGUUCAUUAGAUGUGUCUUUGCAGCCCUGCACGGAGUUUUGUAGGGCAUUUAUUAUCAUCCGUAAGUAUUGCAAGUGAAUUAUUAAUGCUGAAAGGCAAAGAUUUACAAAGGGGAUGAAGGCUGUGGGAGAUGCUCACAGUGAGGCUGGAAAUCUGCUCCAGUCAGACCUUCCUGUUAGCCUGCUCCCAGAGGAUGGGGAUCUGAAUGAGGAUUGAGUGAAGGGCCCUGAGGCAGCCCUUGGGUCCAGCACAGUGAUCGCUCUGCCCGCACACACUGUGAGCAAAACAAGCUCUCUCCUUCCCACCCCCUCUGUAGUUCAAACAACACUCCCCAAUGUCUCUUGGUUAGAGGUUUUAGCAGAAAUAAAUUAAGUCUGGCUCAUGUCCAGUCAGGUUGGUCACUUGCCAUCCCACUGUUUUCCACCCCGAAGAGGAAGAGCAGUGAACUGAGCCCUGCAUUUGGUGAAAUGCCCAAUCCCAAGGAUCAAGUGCAAUUUAUGUGUUCUUCAUGUUUACAUUUUAUCUAUAGAGAAAGUAUAUUACAGGUCUCUAGGCAGGGGGUUGAACCAGUUUGAUUCCAGGUCUUCUCCCCCUCUCCCUGCUCAUCCUGUCCGUUGGGAUGCAGGAGCUACCCUGGGAAGUGGCUGCUGGAGGAGCUGGCUCCAGGCUGGUGCAGCUGCUGUCCAGGAGGCUUGGGGACAGGCAGGACUUGGUGAUGAGGUGAUAGUGCCUCAGUCUGGGCAACAGAUCUGGCCAUGAGCAGGCAGUGAUGUGUGCCCUCAAACCCCCCAGGACAGACACUGUCUCCAGAGUUAGGGAUGCGAGGAGGGGCCAGCUGUGGAUGCCACCCGUGGCUGCACUCAGAGCUGCUGGGACCUGCUCCUCUGUCCCUACAGAUGCUGCCCAGCUGAAAAGAGAUAGACCUCAGCACAGUUAUCUAUAGUCAUGGCCUUUUCCCUGGGCUGCAGUGGCUGGUGGUUGGCUGGGGGCCGUGGGUCCUGUGGGAAACAGCCAUGACUGUGUGGGCAGGGGUCCCACAGGAGAGGAGUUCUGGAUGGGCUGGAACUCGGCAGGAACAUGAGUCGUUGGCUUUCCCAGCCUCUCCUUCAAGAAAGGAAAGGAAAGCCCACAAUGGAAACAUGCUCCUAGCCCAGUUUCUUGCAACAAUAAACACUUUUAAUUGAGCUCCUCGCCAACAUGGAAUAACAAAAUGAGUAGAUUAGACUAUAGAUUGUUGUUAUGAUUUUAAAAUUAACUUGCAUCCUCUCAGACCCUCUCCUUGGGGAAGUGGUAUAAUUAAAUUAAUUAGCAAUGCUGUUUUGGAGCUGCUCAACCAAGGGAAAUGCCUCAAAAUGAUUCUGGUCUCUUCCCAUCCAGCCUCUAGCACAGUGUGAGGCUCCUGCCUCCUCCCUGGGCUGGGGGAGCCCCAGGACUGUGGGAGCAGCACCUGCAACACCCCCCUCACAUGAAACCAAACAGGAAUCAAGUUGGUUCAUCUCCAGAUGCUUUUAUAUUCAUUAGCCACCUGUUAAAUACUGUAAAUACACACUCAAGAAGUCAAUAUAUAUUUUUAUAAGCUUGAGAUAAAUGUAAUAUAAUAUCACAAGAGACACUGUGUGCAUCUCAUGUUUGAACUAUAGUCAGACAUCUCCAGGAAAUCUCAGUUGGUUUGGAAUAUUUAAUAAUAAUAAUAAUAACAACAACAAUAAUAAAUGUAAUAAAAAUCUAUUGACAUUUUUGUUAAUUUUGUAUUUAUUGAACCAUGACUGAAGAUGGCAAUAAAAAGAUAUCUAAAUACCUGAGUAAAACCAACCACUAA